AAACCGGUUUAUCAGAGCACAACCCGGAAAUGCAGUGCGCGCAGGAAAGCAGCUGAGAGCUCAAAGGGGGCUCCGCGGGAACAUGCGAGACAGGGACGCAACCACUUUCCUGGGCUAUAACACGCUAAGGAUACUGACCCCCCCCCCCACUCCGCCACCCAGCCAACCAGCCGGCCUCUGAGAGCUGCACAUCAUCACAUCUGUAUCUGAAGGGCAGGUCUGAACAUAACUGAAGGCAUGAAAAGCGAAGGGGGCGUCUCUGGGUCAUGGGAACGGACAAGUGUGAAAGAGUGAGUGAGGGCGGAGGAGAGAGUUGAGCCAACCGACUUUUAUCUCAUUGUCUGGCGGAAAAUUAAGAUUAAGGGACUGUUUUAUCUAAAGACGCACUUCUGCUUUCUUUCUAAUGGCAAAAAGUAGAGAACUUGAUUUGUAGCCUUCUCUCAGCUCUUCAAGGGACAAAAUAUCUUCUAGUGCUUACCGGCUACCACCCAGUAGCUGCUGGUGGCUCACUGGGAUCCCGCUUUUGUCCUUCCGUCCGUGCUGCUGUCAUCGUGAUAUGUGCAGGCAGACAUUGGCAUGAAGGAGGAAAUGUGGAACAGGCUUGUGAAGUGAAGAAUCUUCUAGAACACCAGGGGGUCUUCUGCUAGAUAUGGAUCUCUUGGGACUUCAUGACUUCACAUGAAGACUGACAAAGCACCCAGGAGCGACACCUACAUGCUGGCCUUAGCAAGUCUGCAGCCUAUACACCGUCAUUGCUUCGACAUACACAUGUGAGUCAUGGCAGCAGCGCGCAGCUGGUGGGGAAUAGGCCAAAGCCCUAGGCCUGACUUAGCCAGGUCCAGCACCACUACAUUGACUGCGGCAGACUCCCGGCUGUUGGACAAAACCCUGAAAAGGCUAGGAAAACUGGAGACUUUGUCUACCAACCCACGGCUAGCCCUGAAGAACAGUCCGCCCUUCCUGCCUGACCUGGUGUCUCAGACAGCAAACCAGCUUUCGGGGGUCUGGGCACCCUACCGAGGCCCAGCCACAAGUGAGACGAGUGGCUAUGUCCCUCGUGGCGAUGAGGCCGAAUACCUGAGGGUCCACAUCAGGCACCUGCUGACCAAGACAGAGAGAGCGAUACUCCUGUUCAAAGAGGGCAAGGAGAAGAUCUUUGAGGAGAACUCCAGCUAUAGGAGAAGCCUGACGAAGAUUUCUCUGCUGUUCAGCCACAUGCUGCAUGAACUGCAGGCAGUGUUUCCCAGGGGACAUUUUCAGGGGGACACAUACAGGCUGACUAAAACAGAAGCCGGGGAAUUCUGGAGGAAAGCAUUUGGAGAGAGGUGUAUCAUACAGUGGAACAGUUUCAAGGAGCAGCUUCGCAAGGUUCAUGCUUUCGAGGAGGGCAUGGAGGCCAUGGCCCUAAGGUCCACGGUGGACAUCACCUGCAAUGACCACGUCUCCAUCUUUGAAUUUGACAUUUUCACUAGGCUCUUCCAGCCAUGGUCAUCCCUGCUAAGGAAUUGGAACCAUUUGGCAGUCACCCACCCUGGGUUCAUGGCUUUCCUCACCUAUGACCAGGUCCGGUCCCGCCUGGAAAACUACACCCAUCAGCCUGGCAGCUACAUCUUCCGCCUGAGUUGCACCCACAUGGGCCAAUGGGCCAUCGGUCAUGUGACCAAGGAUGGCGCCAUUGUGCAGACCAUUCCCCAGGACAUUCCUCUGUUCCAGGCUCUCGUCAAGGGUUACCAAGAAGGCUACUAUCUGUUCCCAGAUGGUAGAGACAACAACCCUGACCUAACCAGUCUGUGCGAGCCGACUUACAAGGGCAAAGUCAGAGUCAGCCCGGAGCAGUAUGAGCUCUAUUGUGAGAUCGGCAGCACCUUCCAGCUGUGUAAGAUCUGUGCCGAGCGAGACAAAGACAUUCGCAUCCAGCCAUGUGGACACCUGCUGUGCCAACCCUGCCUCAGCAGCUGGCAGAGAUCCGACGGCCACACCUGCCCAUACUGCCGGUGUGACAUCAGAGGGACAGAGUCUGUCGUGGUAGAGCCCUUCCUGCCGGACAAAGUUGAUGAGGAGGAUACCGACAACAGCGAAGAUGAUCUGGAAGACGUGGCACUAGUGAUGCAGCAGCUGGCCUCCAUGAAAAGGCUGUCCCUCUCUGCCCAGCAGCAGCCUGACCUUACACCCCCACCCCUGCCUCCAAAGACCAGCUGCCCUUCCCCCAAGCUGCCCAGACCCACCUUCAGACCUCCUGCUAAGCUGCCCCCCGAGCAGCCCCCCUCUCGUCCUAAUCUCAGCAGCUCUGACGUGGAGACACUGUCCCACCCACAGAUCGCCAGGUGUGUGUCGGACGACAGCUGCAGCAGUGAGGAGGACACCAUCUGGGGUCCCCCGCCCAUACUGCGAGUCAGUUCAUGUGGUGAGGAAUCGUCCCCUGCGUCAAACAGGCCUUCAUCCUCCCAGUCAGGAAGAACCAUAGGUGGUGCUCUGUGGAUGGGGUCAUCGGUUGUGGGCCAAGAGAGGGAGAAGAGGCCAAAGGAUCGCAGAGAAAUGGAGCGAACCAUGUCCUCUUAAGAGUGCAGGGAUCUGGCUGGACACCAGUGGGAUUGGAAAGAGCUACAUUUUCCUCUGUCCCAGGACUCCAUAACAAUAGGCUCUAAUACACAUAGUACACAGCAAGUUAACCAUUAUAAUUAUUAUUUUACUACUGAGUUUAUACUUAUGGCUUAUAAACCUCUAACUACUUACAAAAGCGAUAGUUAAAUGUUCUGUCAUAAAAUGUACAAAACUAGAGUUUUGGAUAUUAGUCUGUUACUCCUUAAAAAAUAAAGGCGUUGAAUGUU